GCGACGCCAUUGGCUGCGCCCGCCGCCACCCGGAAGUAGUUGCAGACGUCAGCCCCUCCCUUUUCUUCUCGGACCAGGCGGCGGCGGCGGCGGUGUCUAAAGCAGCCAUGGCCAAGAUUAAGGCUCGAGACCUUCGCGGCAAGAAGAAGGAGGAGCUGCUUAAACAGCUGGAAGACCUGAAAGUGGAGCUGUCCCAGCUGCGUGUCGCCAAAGUGACAGGCGGCGCGGCUUCCAAGCUCUCCAAGAUCCGAGUUGUCCGCAAAUCUAUUGCCCGUGUUCUCACCGUCAUUAACCAGACUCAGAAGGAGAACCUCAGGAAAUUCUACAAGGGCAAGAAAUACAAGCCCCUGGAUCUGCGGCCCAAGAAAACACGAGCCAUGCGCCGCCGGCUCAACAAGCACGAAGAGAACCUAAAGACCAAGAAGCAACAGCGGAAGGAGCGGCUGUACCCCCUGCGGAAAUACGCUGUCAAGGCCUGAGCACUGUGGCGUCAAUAAAACACAAACAAACGG